AUGCUCGCCAUCCUGUUGUGUCUUGUCCCGUCUCCCUCGCCAAUCAAAUCCGCCCAUCCCGGCUGCUCGUCCACCAAAGCUCCCCAUGUUGGCCCCGGGCGUCUCGCCGAGCUCUCGGGCCAGCGCGUGGCCACGGCCUUUCCUGCUUCAACGGGCAUGGCGCCACCUGAAAGGAUCGAGACACCUGAGAGUCCGGCGCUAAACGGUGUGCGCAAUCAUACGGCUACAACAUCAACAUACCAAAUCAAUGAGGGGUUCGGGGCUUUCUACUCCUCCAGCUGA